UAAACAACGAAAUGAUGUGCUCGUACCAUUUGGUCAUCAACUCUGCGGUAUCUCACCAAGAAUGUAUUUAUUUAUCACCUCACAUAACCGUACACGGUCAAAUUUUGUGCGUUUCUUCACCUUCCGAUCUGGCAGCAGGAAAUACGCGUUUUAAGAUCAUUCUUUUGAUCGAACAAGGCUGCCAUUUAGUGCUUGGUAAAUACAUUUUGGGCAAAAAUCGUGUUGGUGCACCGAGACAUGUGCUGUACACAGUAGCGAUGUGGCGCAGCGAAUUUAUUGUUGUGUCUGAGCCGGUUGGUCAUUCUCAUGCCACUCAUGAAUUACUGCACUGGCAGAUUAACGGAUUGCUCACAGCAUUGCCGCACAUGGCUCCGUCCCAGUGUGUUAAGACACUUAAAAUGUCGUAGAGACUGGUUCUACCAAUGUGAGCAAUUGCAGGUUCUGUUGCACCACGCUACGCCACUGUAUGCACCCUCAAUUUGCUCAUUUUUGGAUACGCCCACAGAAACCGUACACCACCACGCUACGCCACUGUAUGCACCCUCAAUUUGC